GAAAAUUUGGCUGGAAGGCCUUGUUCCUGCUGUCUUUACUCCGAUGAAAGAAAAUGGUGACAUAAAUUUUUCACAAAUUGAACCAUACUGUGAAUAUCUAAUAAACAACAACAUUACGGAGAUUUACGUAAAUGGAACUACAGGUGAAGGGAAAUCAUUAACAAAGGAAGAAAGAAAAGAAGUCGUAGAACAUUGGAUUAAAGUUUCCAAGAAGAGACUGAUUAUAAUAGUGCAUGUUGGUUGCAUUAACAUGAAAGAAAGUCAAGAAUUGGCUAGACAUGCUCAAGACGUUGGUGCUAAUGCAGUGGCAUCUUUACCGUCCUUAUUCUUUAAACCGUCAAACAUCGAUGCCCUCGUUCAUCACUGUGCAGAGAUUGCUAAAACUGCACCAAAACUGCCUUUUAUUUAUUACCAUCUUCCAAUAAUGACUGGAGUAGAAUUAAACAUGGAGGAUUUUUCAUACAGAGCACAGAAAGAGAUACCAAACUUUGGAGGAAUAAAAUUUUCUUCCAAAGACCUUCCAGAUAUGAUUGGAGUGGUUUUCAGUGGUGUAAAUGUUCUGUUUGGUUGCGAUGAGCAAUUUGUUGGUGGUAUAGCAAUGGGAGCUCAUGGUGGGGUUGGUAGUUUGUAUAAUUUUAUGCCGAAGGUUUACCAUAAAAUGCUAGCAUUAAUAAAACAAGGAAGCUUGCCAGAGGCCAGGGAAGAACAAAUGAAAGGACAAAGAUUGUGCCGUGUUAUGUAUAAAUAUGGGAAUCUUCAAGGUGGGAAUGUUGCCGCUUUAAAACAAAUUAUGUCAUAUACAGGAGUCGAGAUGGGACCACCAAGGUCACCAAUGAGAGAAUGUACCAAGGAAGAAAAAGAAAAAUUCAAAGGCGAACUUAAAGCAAUAGGGUUCUUUGAGUGGCUUUAGUUAUAUAUGUU